AGAUGGCUUCACUUAGUUUCUCACUACCCCGGAAGACGGGGACCGGCGAUUGGGCGGUGCCCGAGGGCUCGGAGAAGAAGGCCCUUGGCGGUUGGGCAGUGCUGGCUAAGGCUAGUUUUAAAGGAGCCGGAGGUGGGAGCCGUCGAAGACCCGGGAUUCGCGGGAGGCGGCGGCUGCCGCCUGGGAUCCCCCAGGGACUCCCCGGAGCCGCCGCUUCCCCCAUGGACUUGCCCGGGGACUCCAGUCCACCUGGCCGGCCACGUCUGUGUCGCCAGCCUCUGGCUCGAGCAUUAUGGGGAGCCAGGAGCCCCAAACGGCCGAGACUGCAGUCUCUAGCGGCCCCUUCACCUUUGGAAAAGGCCUCUCGGCGGGUUUUGGCUGUGGUGCUGGAAGAUGUUAUGGCUGCCCACAUGGUUCCCCUGGUGCCCCAAGAAGAGACCCCCACCCCACGGCACCACAGCAACCAACGGGAUUCUGUCCGCAGCCAGCCACCUGCCUCGCCACCCCAACAGGCCACGUGGUCCUCACAGACCAGGCCUCCCAACCCACUGGACCCACUGCGCUUAUGCCGAGAGCCCCUGAGCCGCAUCCACCGGCCCUCUUCUACCCUGAGGCGGCGAUCAAGGACAACCCCUGGCCCAGAGGAGGGCCCUUCACAAAAGGUGGACUGGACCCCCCAGCCCACUCUGGUGGUGAUGCUAGAAGACAUUGCCAGCCCAAGACCCCCAGCUGAGGGCUUUGCUGAUGAGACUCCCAACUUCCUCAUCCCAGCGAGAAGAGCUGAGCCCAUGACGAUUGUUCACCAGUCAAUGCCUCCGUCCAGGGACCCGGAUCCCCCAUUCCAGCCAUCUGCCCUGCCUGAAGACCCUCCAGAGACCCCACCACCAGCCCGGGAUCCUCUACUGGAGCCCCCAUCGAUCCCACCGCCGUCCAGCCUUUUACGCCCCCGCCUCAGUCCCUGGGGCUUGGCCCCCCUCUUCCGUUCCGUCCGCUCCAAGCUGGAGAGCUUUGCUGAUAUCUUCCUCACACCCAACAAAGCCCCACGGCCCCCACCCCCAUCACCCCCCAUGAAGUUGGAGUUGAAGAUUGCCAUUUCAGAGGCCGAGCAGUCCGGGGCUACUGAGGACACUGCGUCUGUCAGUCCCCGGCCCCCUAUCCGCCAGUGGCGGGCCCAAGACCACAAUCUCCCCGCACCUCUGUCUAAGCCCUCUCUGGGCCGAAGCCACUCUUGCCCUGAUCUGGGGCCCCCUGGCCCAGAUACCUGCAGCUGGCCCCCUGCUCCACACCAACCAAGCCGGUCACGGCCCCGGCGGCACACUGUGGGUGGUGGAGAGAUGGCCCGAGCCCCACCACCCCCUCGGCCCUGUCUCCGGAAAGAGGUCUUCCCUCUUGGAGGAGUGGGAGGCUCUCCUCCCCUUGUCACAUCUUGCUCGUCCACCGCAUCUUCUUCCUCCUUCUCUGAACCUGCAGAACCCAGGUUGGGUUCAACCAAGGGGAAGGAGCCAAGGGCCUCAGAGGACCAGGUGCUUUCAGACCCUGAUACCAAGAGCAUGGGAAAGGUUUCUCGAUUCAGAAUACGCAGGACGCCAGCCCGUUCUCAGCUCAACCUUACACCAAUGGGGCUGCCUCGACCAAUCAGGUUGAACAAGAAGGAGUUCAGCUUAGAAGAAAUUUAUACCAACAAGAAUUAUCAGUCGCCUACAACCAGGAGGACCUUUGAGACCAUCUUUGAGGAACCCCGGGAGCGCAACGGGACUUUGAUUUUCACCAGCUCAAAGAAGCUUCGGCGGGCUGUAGAAUUUCGGGACAGCAGCCUUCCUCGAACCCGGCGGCCCUCUCGUGGGGUCCGGGCUGCAGCUGGCAGGACCCUUACCCCCAACCUGGCCCCCAGCCCAGAUGUGGGACCUCUGCUGCAGCAGCGGCUGGAGGAGCUGGAUGCCUCACUCCUGGAAGAGGAGGAAGUGGAUAGGGAGCGGCCCCAUCGGACCUAGGAGCUCCAUCUGUUUGUUCAUCCGUCCUGAAGCAUCUGGGGCAGUUAUAUAUUUUUCUCUAUAUUUCUAGUAAAGUUUUCGAUAUGUUUCUGAUCCUUUUGUUACGUCUCUAGCUGAGUUUGAGAUUGACCGUACUGCCUGAUGUUUCUACUUUGGCCCCCAAAGACUGGGAAAUGGGGGAGGUGCCAGGGAAGACAAUGAGGGUUGGAUACAGGAAGAAGUGGGGGAAUGGUCACCGGAGCUACUUCCUUGAUUUGAGAAUUUUCCUGUGUGGAGGGAUACUUCGGAACCUGCUUCAGAAGAUAUUGUGACCCUGGACCCUGCUCAGGGUUCUCUAAAUUCACUUACAGCAAGAAGGAGACUGAGGGACCCAGAGUGGACCAAGGCCUUGAUCAAGAUGGCUCUGAAAUCCUCCUAACAUGCAGGCCAGGACUGGCUUCUGGAUUCAAGAGAUAAAAGUAAUCAGCUAUAAUUGAGCACCUCCAACAACCUGUCAUAUGUAUUUGACUUGCACAUAGUCCUGUGAAAGGGAAUUAUACCCAUUUUACACAUAAGAAAGUAAGUUGAGGGGCUCCUGGCUGGCUCAGUUGGUGGAGCACACAACUCUUGAUCUCGGGGUGUCAUGAGUUCAAGCCCCACGUU